AUGGAUCAUUCGAAUAUGUUUUCUUCUGAUUUAGACUUAUUACACAUUGGAAUUCAAUAAAAAAUAUUUGGUAAAGAAGAUACCUUAAAAAGUCUGACUAUAAAAUUCAUAGAAAAAUACAAAAAAACAAAUAUUUUAGAACUUGAUAAAAAGUAUGUUAUCAAUAUAUUUAGACUUUUAGACAGAUUUAAUUUAAGACUGUCUGAAUUAAUGGAGAAAUGCAAAAAUUAAGAUUAAAUAGAUUAUUUAAUCAUUAUUCAAAAGAAAUUUACUACAAUGAGUUUCAUUCGAUUUCUUGAAGUUCUAUAUUCAACAAUUGAUUAGAAAACAAAUGAAAUAGUAAAUUAACAAAAUAAAUAAUCCUAAGGAUGGCAAAUCAAUAAUAAAUUAAAUAAGAAUCUGUUUUAAUUUUAUGAAGAUCAAUUUUGGAAAUUAUAUGGUCUUCUUUCAUUGAAUUAGUAUUAAAAUAUUGAUAUCUAAGAGAUCACAUAGACAAUAUGAUAUAAUAUUACUAAUCAAAAUAAGAGAAUGUCGAGAGGCUCUUAAAGCUUAAUAUGGAACGUAAUAAGUAAUUCAAUUACUUAUAACAACAAAAACUACCUCCUUAAGUUGAUAUCCUCCAUAGAAAUCAUAAAACACCUGUCUCAUUUUUAAAUAGAACAAUAGAUCCAUCUCGACAUAAUAGAAAUCAAAGAAUUCGUGAAGCCUUAAUUUCAAAUCAAAAAUUAAACAAUUAUACAAUCUAAACUAAAAGUCCAAAAAAGUAAUCUAGACCUACUUCUAAAGAAGCUCAUUCUGAAAAUGAAUAAUUUUUCUCAUAAUUAUUGAAUAGAAGAUCAAAACUUAAUUCAUAAGAGAAAUCUAAUAGUUUUUAUUUGUUAUGUGAAUCAAAUAAUAAAGAUAAAGUAUUAAAUUCAGUUCAUUUACAAUUGAAUUCUUUUCCAUAAUAAAGCUCUUUAGAUUUAAAAGCAUCUGCUUAAAGGAAGAUAAGUUCUAUAGAUUUAAAUUGUAAAUAUAUAUAUAAAUAAAUUAUAGAAUCAUUAAAUUAGUAUAUAAUAUAAUCUGAAUCAGCUACACCAAAGAAAUAAUAAAAGAAAUAAAGAUUCAUUUAAAAAAUCAAUUAAACAUUUUAUUAAUAAUUAUUUCCUACUAAUAAAACUAGAAAUAGAGGAUUAGCUGUUUUGAAAAAUUAGUUAUUUAAUGAAUCUAGAGCAUUAAAUUGUUUAAACAUUACUAUAAGUAAUUAUAAAGCAUGA